GUGAAAGUGUCGAGGAGAAGUGACUUAAUACGGAAAUCGAAAACGGAAGAAAGUAUUACGGAAAAAGAUGAUAAAAUGCGCUUUAUUGAGUGUUCUGAUGUGUCUGGGUUCUCCAGUGAUUGGGAGUUUCCUUCAUGGACCAUCAGCAGUGGGAGUUCCUGUGGGAGUUCCGGUUCCAGUGCCAGUUCCGGUUCCAUCACCAGUAGCUGUUCCCCAUCCGGUUGCUGUUCCCACUCCGGUUGGUGUUCCCACUCCGGUAGCUGUUCCCGUUUCGGAUACUGUGACUGUUCCCGCGGUUUACAAUGCUCAUCAGUCGUUUAGCUACGAAUCCUCAGAACAUUAUAAUCAUGCUCCUCAGACGAUUUAUAAAUAUGCAACUUCUUAUGCUGCACCACAACCAGUUAUUAAGGUUUCAUUGGGAGCUCCAGUAACCACUACAACUACUACUUACACGGGAUAUGCAGCACCACCACCGUCAGUUCAUUAUGCCGCACCACCAGUUCAUUAUGCCGCACCACCUCCAGUUCAAUUUUCGGCAGCACCACCUCCAGUUCACUUUUCAGCCGCACCACCUCCAGUUCACUUUGCAGCCGCACCACCGCCACCUCAGUUCAUAACCAAAUUCGCAGCCCCGCCCAGCGGUUACCAGUUUGCAGCACCGCCCUCCUUCGGAAGAUUUAAACUCCACUUUGGGCCACCACCACCUCAUCAUUCUCCAGCUGCCGUCUACGGAGCACCUCCCCCCACAUUCAACGCUCAGGGUUGGUGACUCGAGAAAAAAAACAACCAGUUGGGCCCCUCGCCUCAUUAUGCACAACUAUGAAUGAUAAUUUCCUCAGAUUAGCAAUUAAUUAAAUCUAAAUAAUGUUGUUAUGCUUCGUAUUAUACGCGACUCGUGAAUUUAUGCGAAGAACGCGCCGCGUUGCGAUUAAAUUAUGCUUAUAUCAAAGCCCAUAAA